AAUGGUUAUUGGUAAAAAGUGUGGAGUUAUAUGAUUGUAUAGCUUAGUGAAGAAGGAAAGUUGUGGAACGUUAAAGCCUCUAAAUAGGAGCCAACUUUGUGUUUGUGUUUGUGUUCAUAGGUUUUGUCUCAAAAUUUCAGCAGUGUUUGGUUUCUCCGUCGUUGUCUCCACUGUGGUGUUUGGUGUUGUAAAGGGGUAGCCAGGUAACAUGGGACCUGGCGGACCAGGGGGAGGUCCUGGUGGUGGAGGACCUGGCGGGCCGGGUUGGGGUCCUGGCGGUGGAGGACCUGGCGGGCCGGGUUGGGGUCCUGGUGGUGGAGGACCUGGUGGGCCGGGUUGGGGCCCUGGGCCUGGAGGGCCAGGUUGGGGUCCUGGCCCGGGUGGCCCUGGUUGGGGUUUUGGUGGACCUGGUUUCUUUGGGCCUGGUGGGUUUUUCGGUGGAUUUGCAAAUGGUUUAUGCAACCUUGUUUCAUCAUGCUUCUACUGCUUGUGCUGUUGUUGGUUGUUCCGAGAUUGUUUCGGUGGUCCAGGAGGCCGAGGCCCAGGCGGCCCACCACCUCCUUACUGACAACAGGCUUUACGUUGAGCCCAGUGGCCAUGAUUGUGAAGCCCAUAUCCAUGUUCAUUUAAGAGGGCUUUGCUAUUUGUGUUUCAUUCUAGUUUUGAUGACUGGGAAGUCACUUUUUUACUCUAUGUAAUAAUGUGUUGUGCAUGUCUUAUUUAUUAUAAUUAUAAUAAUUUAUCUAAAUUUAAAGAAUUUUGGUCAA